GUUGAAAGUUUGUUUUCAUUUCCCAUCCAUAAUUCUUUACUUUAUUAACAAACGUGUUAACUAUUUUAUAUAAAGAACUAAGGUGCAGUAAGUAGUGUGUUGUGGUAAAUGAAUUGUUAAAAGUUAAAAAUCAUGACGACUAAUCCACGGAAGGGUACCGAUCCAGUACCUUUGGAAGAAAGUGACCAGCUUAUUAUACGACCCUUAGGAGCUGGACAGGAAGUGGGCCGAUCAUGUAUUAUGCUGGAGUUCAAAGGAAAGAAAAUUAUGUUGGACUGCGGAAUCCACCCCGGCCUGUCUGGCAUGGAUGCGCUACCGUUUGUGGACCUGAUAGAGGCAGAUGAGGUGGACUUACUGCUUAUAUCACAUUUCCACUUAGACCACAGCGGCGCGCUGCCGUGGUUCCUGACGAAAACCUCGUUCAAGGGGCGAGUGUUCAUGACGCACGCCACCAAAGCCAUCUACAGGUGGCUGGUGUCAGAUUACAUCAAAGUUAGCAAUAUAUCAACAGAGCAGAUGCUUUACACAGAAUCGGAUUUAGAAAAUUCCAUGGAUCGUAUAGAGACGAUCAACUUCCACGAGGAGAAGGACAUCCGCGGAGUGAGGUUCUGGGCGUACAACGCCGGUCACGUGCUCGGAGCAGCCAUGUUCAUGAUUGAGAUCGCUGGAGUCAAGGUUUUAUAUACCGGAGACUUUUCUAGACAAGAGGACAGACAUUUGAUGGCAGCUGAAAUACCGACAGUUCAUCCCGAUGUUCUAAUCACGGAGUCGACGUACGGCACGCACAUCCACGAGAAGCGUGAGGAGCGGGAGGCGCGGUUCACGGGGCUGGUGGCGGACAUCGUGGCGCGCGGCGGCCGCUGCCUCAUCCCGGUGUUCGCGCUCGGCCGCGCGCAGGAGCUGCUGCUGAUACUGGACGAGUUCUGGUCGCAGCAUCCGGAGCUGCACCAGGUACCGAUCUACUACGCUUCGUCGCUGGCCAAGAAGUGUAUGGCGGUGUACCAGACGUAUGUCAACGCGAUGAACGACCGCAUCCGCCGACAGAUCGCCGUCAACAACCCAUUCGUCUUCCGGCACAUAUCCAACCUCAAGGGCAUAGACCACUUCGAGGACAUAGGUCCGUGCGUGAUAAUGGCGUCGCCGGGCAUGAUGCAGUCCGGGCUGUCGCGCGAGCUGUUCGAGUCCUGGUGCACCGACCCCAAGAACGGAGUCAUAAUCGCCGGCUACUGCGUCGAGGGCACCCUCGCCAAGACCGUGUUAUCAGAGCCUGACGAAAUCACCACCAUGGCUGGUCAGAAGCUCCCGCUAAGGAUGUCCGUGGAUUACAUAUCGUUUUCGGCGCAUACCGACUACGCGCAGACGAGCGAGUUUAUUUCGCUGCUGAAGCCGCCCCAUGUGGUGCUAGUUCACGGGGAACAGAACGAGAUGUCUCGUCUGCGAGCGGCGUUAACUCGCGAGCAUCGAGGGAAGCUGCUCGUCCAUACUCCGCGGAACACCCAGCCCCUGGCGCUGACCUUCCGUGGGGACACCACGGCGAAGGUGCUGGGCGCGCUGGCGGAGCAGCCGCCGGAGCCCGGGGCGCCGCUGCAGGGCGUGCUGGUGAAGAGAAACUUCACCUACCACGUGCUGGCCCCGGCUGACUUGCCGCGGUAUACCGAACUCGCGUCCUCUGAGGUCCGCCAGCGUCAAUCCCUGCAAUACCCGGGCUCGCUGGCGUCGCUCCGGCUGGCGUUGUCCCGGCUCGGGCCGGUGCAGUUCUCCGGCGCGCGGUGGCUGGUGUUCGGGCGCGUGUGGCUGACGCCGGAGCUGCCCGUGGUGACGCUGGAGUGGGCGGCCGAGCCCGUCGCCGACAUGUUCGCGGACGCCACCGUCGCCGCGUUGCUGGCCCCGCCCCCCGCCGCCACGCACGCGCCCACCGCGCAUAAACUUGACCGGAUGCACUUCAAGGAGUGCGCGAUCGAGAUGCUGCAAGAGAUGUUCGGGGAGGACUGCGUGCCCAAGAUAUUCAAGGGGGACAAACUGUUCGUCGACGUCGCCGGACGACGCGCAGACAUCGACCUGCUCACACUGGAGGUGUCCAGUGCGGACGCGAGCCUCGAGCGCGUGGUGCAGUCGGCCAUCACGAAGCUGCUGUCGGCGCUCGCGCCCGCCAAGCCGCCGCCCGCGCCCCUAGACGACGAGGCGCUGCUCGCCGAACAGUGACGCGGCU